AUGGUCAAGGACAGGCUUUCCGUCGCGUUCACAAAAGGCGACGAGUCGGUAACUGUAAUGAAGGGAGAUGAGAUAUUAACUGGCACACGGAAGGUUUCCACUGGCACCCAAGCCUCAGGCAGCAACAAUGGAACAACCGUCGCAAAAGGAAAGAGCUUCAAGAUCCCAAAGCGAUGCUUGAUCGCAAUGAUCAUCGCAAGUGGUGUUGGUGGACUCCUUUCUCUUGUUGGGGUGCCCUUGUUGCUUGGCGCCAUCGGAUUCGGGGCAGCGGGUGUCACGGCUGGAUCCCUUGCAGCUCUUUGGCAGUCCACGAUGGGUGGGACCGUCGCGGCUGGGAGUCUCUUCUCCAUUCUCCAGAGUAUUGGCGCGGUCGGCUUGGGUGCUGCCACUUCUCUAACGGUCACCGGAGCCACCGGAGCUGCAGCCUUCGCCUUCUGUGCAGCCUUCGAUCGCAUGAUUGGUUAUCAUGCUGGAGCCGGACCUUGCUAG